AUGGCUAGAAGGUUCCAAGGAGCAUUGCCAGGAAUGGCAAUUGUUUACCUUCUUUUAUUGGUUGUGAUACCAUUUUUCACUUCGUCGAUGGGUCCAGGUCGUUCUCAAUGGUUAGCUCGUGCUGCUGAUUCUGAUGAAGAAAAGGAAAACUAUGGUACUGUGAUUGGUAUUGAUUUAGGUACUACUUAUUCUUGUGUUGGUGUUAUGAAGAAUGGUAAGGUUGAAAUCUUGGCCAAUGAUCAAGGUAACAGAAUCACUCCUUCUUAUGUGGCUUUCACGGGUGAUGAAAGAUUGGUAGGUGAUGCUGCUAAGAACCAGGCUUCUUCAAAUGUUAACAAUACUGUUUUCGAUAUUAAACGUAUUGUUGGUUUGAAAUAUGAUGACAAGACAGUUCAUAAGGAAUUGAAACAUUUGCCUUACAAAAUUGAAAAAAAGAACGGUAAACCAAUUGUUAAGGUUGACUACUUGGGUGAAGAAAAACUGUUCACCCCAGAAGAAAUUUCUUCUAUGGUUUUAGGUAAAAUGAAGCAAAUUGCUGAAGAAUACUUGGGUAAGAAGGUUACUCAUGCUGUUGUCACUGUUCCUGCUUACUUUAAUGAUGCUCAACGUCAAGCUACUAAAGAUGCUGCCGUUAUUGCAGGUUUGAAUGUUUUAAGAAUUGUCAAUGAACCAACCGCCGCUGCCAUUGCUUACGGGUUGGAUAAGACUGAUGGUGAAAAGCAAAUCAUUGUUUAUGAUUUGGGUGGAGGUACCUUUGAUGUUUCCUUGUUAUCCAUUGAAGGUGGGUUCUUUGAAGUUUUGGCUACUUCUGGUGAUACUCACUUGGGUGGUGAAGAUUUCGAUUUCAAGAUUGUUAGAUACUUGACCAAGAUUUUCAAGAAGAAGCAUGGUAUUGAUAUCCUGAAUAACCCAAGAGCUAUUUCCAAAUUGAAGAGAGAAGCUGAAAAGGCAAAGAGAACUUUAUCUUCUCAAAUGACUGCCCGUAUCGAAAUUGAUUCAUUUGUUGAUGGAAUUGAUUUCAGUGAAACCCUUUCCAGAGCCAAGUUUGAAGAAUUGAACAUGGAUGCCUUUAAGAGAACUUUGAAGCCAGUUGAAUCUGUUUUGAAGGAUGCUGGUGUCAAGAAGUCUGAAAUUGACGAUAUUGUUUUGGUGGGUGGUUCUACUAGAAUCCCCAAGAUUCAACAAUUGAUUGAAGAUUACUUUGAUGGUAAGAAGGCUUCUAAGGGUAUUAAUCCCGAUGAAGCUGUUGCCUAUGGUGCUGCUGUUCAAGCAGGUGUUCUUUCUGGUGAAGAUGGUGUUGAUGACAUUGUCUUGUUGGAUGUUAACCCAUUAACUUUAGGUAUUGAAACUGCUGGUGGUGUUAUGACUACUUUAAUCAAGAGAAACACUGCAAUUCCAACCAAAAAGUCUCAAAUCUUUUCUACUGCUGCUGAUAACCAACCAACGGUUUUAAUUCAAGUUUAUGAAGGUGAAAGAGCCAUGGCUAAGGAUAACAACCGUUUGGGUAAAUUCGAAUUAACUGGUAUUCCACCAGCACCACGUGGUGUUCCACAAAUAGAGGUUACCUUUUCAUUGGAUGCCAAUGGUAUCUUGAAGGUUGAAGCUCAAGACAAAGGUACUGGUAAAUCUAAUUCUAUCACUAUUACCAAUGAUAAGGGUAGAUUAUCCAAGGAAGAAAUUGAUCGUAUGGUUGAAGAAGCUGAAAAGUAUGCAGCUCAAGAUGCCGAAAUCAAGGCCAAGAUUGAAGCCAGAAACUCACUUGAAAACUAUGUUUCACAAUUAUCUGCUCAAUUGAAGGAUGAAGAAUCUUGGGCUGGUAAGAUUGAUGCUGAUGAUAAGGAAACCAUUCUUGAUGCCAUUAAGGAUGUUCAAGAUUUCAUUGAAGACAACUAUGAUUCUGCAUCAGCCGAAGAUUUUGAAGAACAAAAGAACAAGUUGAACGAAAUUGUUUCUCCUAUCACUUCCAAGAUUUAUGGUGAUGGAGCAGCUGGUGGUGCUCCACAUGGUGAUGAUGAAGAUUCGGAUUCCGAUAUUGAUAUUGAUCAUGAUGAGUUAGAUAAAAAAGUUAAUAGCUUUGUUAGUAGAGAAGUGGAUGCCAUAUUCAAGAAGAUUCAUGAGGGGGUUGAUCUCUUCAACUAUUAUUACACCCGACAUGAUUCUCUGACCAAUGAUUCGCAGCGAGAGAAGCUUGAGGGAGAUUUGAAGAAGGAAGUGAAGAAGUUACAGAAAUAUCGGGAGCAAAUCAAAAGUUGGCAAAGUAAUGAACUGAUUGAAGCGGUGAUAAGUCUGUCACGAUUGCAAGAACAUCGGAAAAUGGUUGAAGAAUCCAUGGAAAAAUAUAAGGAAGUAGAAAAGUCCUCCAAAAUGAAAUCCUUUUCAAAUCAGUCCAUUAUGCUAUCCAAAUUGGAAGAUAUGGAAGAUAAUGAUUUGAGCGAAGAAGCUCAAGAAGCCGUGGAUUUUUUGAUGGAAAAGACCGAAGAAAUCAACCAACAAGCUGAAAAAUUGGAGGAAGAAUAUGAAAAAUUGAAUCAGAAGAAACUCCGAAAGAAUAAUCAACAUCUUAUUGAAGAACGGAAACAAGAAAUCGAAUCCUUUAAUGCCAGAAAUAAUUUCCAUCGUGAACGUAUUGAGCAAGUUAUCCAUUUCAUAAAACAAAAUAAAGUGGAUCCGGAAUCAAUUUGGGUAAUUCAAGAAGAUUUAUCGUUUUAUGUGGAAUCAAACCAAGAACCAGAUUUCAUCUAUGAUGAUACUUUGUAUGAUGAAAUUUAUAAGGAAGCAAAGGAAAAUGAAGAGAAUCAUACCUUGCACGAUAAUCAUGUAACCGAUGGUCCAUCAUUUUCAGUACUUGCUGAAGAAUUCGAUGGUAAUAACCCAGAUAAUCUGUUUGUUACCGGUGACGAUUCAGCACAAUCAACUCCUGUUAAACCAAAACAACCUUCAAUACCGAAUGCCGACAUACUUCCUUCAAAGAGAAUCAUCGAAUCUCUGAAUACCAUCAAAUCUGCAAGUCCUCAACCUCCAUCUCCAUCUCCUUCGUCAUCAACUUCUUCAACACAUCCUUUAUCACAACAAUCAUCUUCUUAUUCACUGCACCAAUCAAAAGAUGAUACCGCACCAUCUCCAGACAUUGCUUCCUCUUCCAUAAUUAGAAACCUAAAGCCUGCAGUGGCCCCAGUAAAGCCAGCAGGAGCCUUAAAAUGGUCUGUUGCAGCUGCAGCAGCUACAAACCUUCCCUCUACACAACAACAACAACCUUUUAUUCAACCCCCAUCAACUUCAAGUAGUGUGGAACAACCCACGACUGCAGCAACUAGUACUCUCCCGUCAUCAAGUUCAUCACCUAAAGUGCAGAUGGAGAAGUUGAACCAGCCUACUACUCACAACAAUAAGAUUCAAAUACCUGCUCUGGUCCCUGAAGAGAACUCGUUAGCUUCCACGGUUUCUACUUCACAACAUUCUAUGAAUAAUAUCUCAGCAUUAUCAUCCGAUAGAAACCAGACAUCUUUAUCUUCAACAUCGUUGCUUAAGCCUUCAAAAUCUAAUGGUAUGAUCAAUGAUGAGCCCGUGCAACCCCUCAACGCAGAGAAGUUAGCUCAAUACGUGGAUAUAAUUCGACAAUCUUCCCUUUCACUGGUGGAGAAGGAGUUUUUCACCCAGCCAGAUUUGGUAUGUUUACCACCCGGAAUUCAAGACUUGGUCAUAUCCUAUAAAGCUGUGAGGAAUUAUUCUGAUGAUGCAAAAUUAUUAAUUAAACUGGGAGAAGAUUAUCAAUAUUCCACUCCAAUUUCGAAACCUUAUUUACCCAGUAUUUCAUCCAAGCCACAUUUGCAAUUAUUCAAGUUACAAUUGUAUUGGAAUAGUAUUCGUGCAAAGAAUCUGUUUGAACUUUUUGUUCAAGAAAUUGAACUUUUAUCCUCUCAGAAUAAUACCGACAAUACUCCAUUGAUCAACGACAUGACCUUUGUCUUAUUCUUUGGGUAUUAUUAUGGUGUUACACCCAUGGAGAACCUAAUAGCAGAAUCAUGUUUGAGGGAAUUAGGAUGGGUACCUUAUAGUUCUAGUCCUUUGCCGAAUCAAAAACUGACUAACUCUGUUGAUUCUUUCACACAUUGGUUCAAGACUAUAAAGGUUCUAAACACCUCCUCAAAUGGAACUAAUGAUGAAGUUUUCCAUAUUGGAGAUUAUUAUGUCUUUGACUUGAACUUUUGGGAAAUAUAUAUCAAAAAUGGAUAUCGUUUUGAGAGUAACUUAGCCAGAUUGGAACCAUCCAAAGUGUUGUGUUAG